AUGGAAAGUAGUCGACUCGGCGCAAACCUAGAGCCAACCCCUGAGCUUCCUGGCUAUCUAGGGGCGACUAGCUACUCGGCCAUUCUCACGGAGCAUCGCAGUGAUCUUCCGUUUGAGAUGGACAAUAGUACGGUGACAGGCACUUCUGUUAGAGCCCUCGACUCGGACCGUCUUAGGGCCGGAGUAGAGCUAUUGAAACUUAUUUAUGACUUUCCGAUCUAUGAUGUUUUGGUCCGGAAGCUCUACUCUAAGAAAGCAAUCGUUGUAGUUCCGAUGGUUAUCACUGACGCUAUUGUAGAGUCUAUCAGGAGUGCAUUUGACAAUCUGGACAUUGGAAGCGAUAUUGAAGCCCAGUUCCAGGCUUUGGUCUAUCAGAUAUCUCAUAAUACUUCACGGCCACUAACCAUACAUCGCUCGAUGACUGUCCAUGACUAUUGCGCUUCGUUCACCGGUAAGAGCCUUCGAUGGGAGUCUCUUGGGAUCGUUCUGUCUAUCUCUGGGAUAUCGUUGAUGUCUACCUCGGACAAUGAUCCGGACCUUGUUCAGGCAGCGCCUAGCAGUGAAGCUCGUGAGAGACUGCGCGCUCAGAUUGUGGAGGCAAGCAGCAUCUGUCUCAACUUCUGCGACCAGGCAUCUUCAAUCAACGAACUACUAGGCUUUGCUCAGUAUAACGAUAUCAUAUUGAAAACUCAGCAUUUUGGCGACACAAGUAUGUUUAUCUUUUUGUCCACUCGACGCAUCGCACGCUAA